UAUCAAUUAGGGGUUUAGCAGUAUGCCUCAGAGCUACUGCCAAUCACUGAGGAGCUCCUAUAACCCACCACAGCUCUCUGCCAUUGUGCAUGGCUCUGAUGCUACAAGCUUUGGAGAUGGAAUUUGUUUGCCCAGCACUUGCUACAGCAGAACCUGGCUCUUGGACAAUUUUCAAGAAACCCACAAUGAAACCACCAGCCGCCCACUGACCCGCCGUGAGCAGGACCACUUCACCGAGGAUACAUGUGUACAGAGUUUCCGUCUCCCCACGAUUUUCCAAACAACUUGCUCCAACUCCAAACCUUCUGAAAGGACGUCAUGCCAAUCAAGAAGUGCUUUGGCAGUGUCAGAGAAUGUGUCUCAGUCUUGCCAGUCAGGAAGCAGUCAGCAAGCGAGUUUUGGAACCCAGCUUUCUCAGCCUGAGAACCACAUGGCACAAUGUAGUGCACUAAAGACUUCCGUGUCUCAGAGUUGCCAGACUCUGGAAUAUGAAUCCCGCCAAUGCCAGUGUCAGGUCUCUGAGUCCAGUGCCUGUAGCCCAUUGGUCAGUGUUUCCCCUGAGCCACAACUCCUGGAACCUUCUAGCACUUACGAGCCAGCCUGCUGUGUUACUGGUGGCUUGCAAAUGCCUAGUAAGUGAAAAUAUCUGUAGGGGACAUGGCAUAUUUUAAUUGAUUUUGGGUAUAUUUAGGUAUUUUAUUUCUUUAACUAUAGAAUAUUGUCUGUGUAUGUGUGUUUGUGUGUGUGUGUGUGGGUGUUGUAACUGAAUGAACAUGUCUUCUAAUAGUAUCUCCAAAGAUGAGAUUUUUUUUUCUCUUUUGGCAUUUUUGGUGCCAAUUUGGAGCUGGAAAGCAUGUUAACUAUUUUAGAUCACCAAAACUGUGUUUAGUAUAGAGCAAUAAGUUGCAACCAAAUAAUUAUUGACUCCUUAAGAAGUUAAUCUACACUUUGACUACUAGUUAUUGUCUAAGGAACUGUUGGACGUUGUAUCUAUUUUAUUGACAAAUGUGACACUAAUAUUAAAAUUCAUAAAGAUAAAUAAGAUUGUAGAAGCUUAUCUAGUCCUGUGAAUUGCAACAUUUUCCAUUCUAUCAUGAAUUAAUAAUAGUUAAUGGCAUUAGCAACACUUAAUAUCUGGGCCUAUUCAUUUACCAGUUAUUUUUUAUCAACUGAAUCCAAACAUUCUUAAACUGUCAGGUGGGAUCUUUUGCUUUAGAAAUAAAAAAUAAAAUUUGAAAUCCACUUUUGUGGACCUUAAAAUCACACAACAAAAGAUCUAAGAACUCAGUAUAAAGUGACGUUUGUAUCUGUGUUCCAUUCCUGCUAUGUUUGCUUUUGAUUUUUCUCAAGUGAAUAUUGAGCUGGAAAAGUGUUCUUUUUAUUAAAUAAAUUUACUUCACUUGGAA